AAUGGACCAGAUAUAUAAAUCUGUCGUCGCGAACUCGAACCGCCCAAUAAUUCUUCCUCCAACCCUCAUGCAAGUAUCUCGCACCGCAGUGUCUUCCUACUAACACUCAACUUUUGUGAGAAUACCAGACUGCCAGUGCGCGAUAAAACAUAAACAUAAACACAUCCAGUGUCAUCAUGCAGCCAUUUUUUUUUCAGCUUUUGAAGCUGAUUGAUCUCUUACCUUCGUCUUAUAUAGCUCCGGUGCGCCGUAUCGGAGAUAAAGCACUUCCCACUAUCCCCAACGAGAUAUAUUCCGAAAUCUUCGAGAACAUCCAAUCAGAGAUAUCAGAGUAUUACUACAAGGCCUUCCUGGACAGAACGGCUCGCGUUUGCCGUCUGUUCAACCUUGUAGCAUCUCAGCACAUUCUCAAGUCCAUACGACUGAGCGGCAGACCAUCCGAAGCAAAUACUGCUCCAUAUUUAUCGAAUUUAACCAGACAGAUCGCUAUGAACGAAGAGCCUGGAAUCUCUAAUGCCCUCUUCGUCAAAGACUGUAUCGUGCGGGACUUUCAAGAGAGAAAUCAGGAGAAUUGCGCAGCUCUGAGUCUACAAACAACGGCAUUAGCCCAUAUGAUCAACAUCCGCUCGCUCACCAUUCUUUACACUCCACUCACAAACGAGCAGCUCUCCGCUUUCUCCAAUAUAGCCAAUCUUGAAUUUCUCAUUCUUGUGGAUUGUCGCAUGUCAGAAAAUAUACCGUCAGCCGUUGUUUGUUUGGGCAAACUGGUCAAGCCUGUCUCGGUCGAAACCAUUUAUCGCAAGGAACCGGACAGCUUCGAGUUCGCAAAAGACAUUGUCUCUCAAUCUUACAAUCCAGUCAUUGAAGAGCUGUACCUUGAAUUUAAUGACCGCGAAUUCAUGUUGUUGUUUGGCGAGACAGUCACUGACUUGGUUGAACGGAUCCUACCACGCUGCCCUUCCCUUAAACGCUUGGCAUUCUACCAACUCCCUAUGCCAGAAAAAUCACUUAUCAAUUUCAUCUUCGGUGCCGCCACUUACUCUUUACCCUCGAAUUCAAUCUUCGCUGCAUGUCGCUUCGAGAAAUCACGGUGGCAAGUCCGGGUAUAA